AUGGAUUUUGAUGUUCUCAAUUUAACAACAAUGCAUUUACUUCUUCACUAUCUGCAACAACUUCAACACUUGGUGGACGAUCAACAUGUUAGAUCUUGUUCAAAACAGCCAUUUAUAUUAGUUCGUAUUCUUUUCACUAUGUCUAUCAUUCCUACCAUUGUAUUAGCUAUCCUCUAUGCUAAUGAAAAAAACGCGAAAUCUACACAUGCUCGCAAUGAUAUAUGUUUGAGUCCAUAUUGCAUAAAAGCAGCUAAUUAUCUAAUCGAUAGCAUUGAUCAAUCGGUUGAACCAUGUGAGGAUUUUUAUCAAUUUUCGUGUGGAUCAUGGCUUAAGAAUACUAAAAUACCUAACGAUGCUGAUGAACAAAAUUCUUUUCAAAUCCUUGACAAACAACUUCAAGAAAAUAUCGUUAAUUUACUAUCAACGGCAUCCACGAAUAGCACUGCUGAGCCUCAAUCCGUGACUAAUGCACGUACUUUGUAUCGUUCGUGCAUUGAUGAAAUGAAGAUUGAAACAGAUGGAGUUGAUGCGAUCUUAUCAUUAAUCAAUACGCAUUUUGAUGGUUGGCCAAUAUUGCAGGGUUCUUCAUGGAAUAGUUCAGCAUUUAAUCUAACAAAUCUAUUACUUAAACUUCGACAAUAUAGUUAUAAUAUUAUCUACCUGAUCGGUAGUCUUACUGACGAGAAUAAUUCCUCGGCCACUAGUAUUUAUGUGGGUCAAGCCUCUCUUGGAUUACUACAACGCCAAUAUUAUGAAAAUGAAACUAAUAUUACAAUUGCCUAUCGACAAUUUGUAUCGAAUCUAGCUCGAGCAUUGACUAAUGAUACGUCAAUGAUCGAUCAAGAUGUCAAGGAAAUAUUCGAUUUUGACAAGAAUAUUUCAAAGUAUCAUUGGACUGUUGCAGAGCAACGAGCUCGAAAUAAUGAAACAGUUCGAACAACAGUUGGCAAUAUGUCUCGUAUAUUGAACACUACUUUUGAUUUCAAGAAUUAUCUCUAUCGCGCAUAUCAAUUUGGUAAUGUAACUCUAAACGAUAUGGAUACUGUGGCACUGCAUGAAAUAGAUUUUCUCAAACAAGUUUCAACUUUAAUUGAUAAAACCUCGCCACGUAUUUUACAAAAUUAUAUUUUAUGGUAUUUUAUGAUGGAUCAAGCAGCACUGAUGCCGAAAAAUAUUCGAACUAUUAAAGAAAAAUUUGAACGAACUAUCCGUGGUACAAGUGCUGAACAGCCAAGAACAGCACAGUGUAGCUCCUUUGUCAAUACUGCGAUGGGUUUUGCUGUUUCGAAACUUUACAUUAAAAAAUAUUUUGAUGAAAAUGCUCGUAAUCAGUCAUUAGAAAUGAUUGAAAAUAUUCGAAAUUCAUUUAUUGAUAUACUCGACAAAUCCACAUGGAUGGACAAUACAUCAAAAGUAAAAGCAAUAGAAAAAGUUAAAGGAAUUGAACAACAUAUUGGCUAUCCUGAUUAUUUGGGCAGUGAGAAUAAUACAAAACUUGAAAAUGAUUAUGCUGCAUAUGUUUUCGAUACGUCUUACAUUCACAAUAACUGGAAAAUUCAAGUAAUACAAUCCAUAGAAAACUUUCAGCUACUUCGAAAACCUGUUCUUCGAAAACAAUGGGAAACUGUGCCACCAACUAUUAUAAAUGCAUUUUAUGAUUCAUCUAAAAAUCAAAUUGUUUUUCCGGCUGGUAUUCUUCAAAUGCCAUUCUUUGAUAAAAAUGCUCCAAAAUAUCUUAAUUAUGGCGGCAUCGGGAUGGUAAUUGGACAUGAAAUCACACAUGGAUUUGAUGACAAUGGACGUCAAUUCGAUAAAGACGGAAAUCGUAUUCCUUGGUGGACUGGUGAAACCAUUGAAAAAUUCAAUAAUCGUAAACAAUGUAUUAUUGACCAGUACAAGAAUUUCAGCGUACCACAAGUUGAUAUGAAGAGCAACGGCGAUCAAACACAAGGCGAAGAUAUUGCUGACAACGGUGGACUGAAAGCGUCUUUUUAUGCAUAUCAAAAUUGGGCUAAAAAUAAUGCAAACAUUGACAAAAAACUGCCAGGCCUAACAAAUUAUUCAGCAGAACAACUUUUUUUCAUUAAUUUUGCUCAUGUUUGGUGUGUUAAAAUGACUGAUUCGGCUGCAUUUAAUCAGAUUCUUACUGGUGUUCAUUCACUUGGAGAGUUUAGAGUAACUGGUCCAACAUCGAAUUUCGAUGAGUUCGAUCGAGCAUUUGGUUGUAAAUCAGGUCAAGGAAAUAGCCGAGUGGAAAAAUGUGUUGUUUGGUGA